AUGGAGAACUUCCUCUUUCCAGCCACCCGGACCUAUAAAUACCAGGCAAGAAUUGGCGGGAGAGGGCAGAAACCAGUGUCGGUCACUAAUUCUUACUCCACUUCGAAAAUUCGAAAAUGGAGAACUCGGGAGAAAAAGCUCAGCCGUCCUGGCGCAAGCAAGUGGACGACAACCUCAAGCGCCUUCACUCCCUCCAAUUCGGCGCCGAUCAGGCACUGGAGAAGGGCGAUUCCUCCACCGCAUACGUGCUCGGUCUCCGCCUCCUCGGCUUCCUCGACUCGCACUCUCUCACCGACGUCGACGAAGCUCUUACUCGCCCCAUCCGCCGCGAAGCCCUCUCCAAGCUCGACGCCGCUCGCCGAGCUUUCGUUCCUGAAUCCGACCGGGCGAGCGUUUGAGCGAGCAGAUACAGCUCCUGGAAAAGUAUUUGGCAAGAAGAUUGACAUUGACGUAGAGAAGAUUAAGAAGUCGAAAUACUUCCGAGCUCUUGUUCAACAACAGAACAUCAAGCAUCCAUCAGAUCUGGGAAACCAGCUGGAUAAGCAGCAAAACCCCAGCUGCAAGCCUGCAAAAGUUUCAGGGCAGGCUAAGUUAACAUCACUGUAUGGGAAUAAUGUCACAAAGGCCUAUGGCCGCUUACAACGAGGUUCUUCUGUUCCCAAAAGUAACUCGAAUGUGGAUUGCAUGAUAGUGAAAAGUACCCAGUAUACUAAUCCUAGAAGUAAUGGUGGUCUGUCAAACUAUGGGAAAGCUGACGAGAGAGAAAAGGGUUAUGGAAAUACAACGGGGUCUAAGCGUUCGUUCAUGGAGAUUAAUAGCCCUAGAAAUGACAUUCCAAAGUCGCCAUCAUGUGAUGAGGAUUCAAAUGUGGAUGGUUCUGGCAAGGGAUUUGUAACUGCAAGGGCAAAGCUGGAAAUGGAUGCAAGGCAAAAGCAAGGGUUGACAGGAUCACCAAGUGCAUCCUUCUCCCCACAGAGAAACGUCAUCAACCGAGGUUAUGGUGCACGAUCUUAUGGGCAUUCAAACCGUGGAAUCCGUGGAAAUUUUGUUCCUCCAAUUAAAUCAAAUGGGGGAUAUAAUCCUGGAAAUGUGAUUGGACUUCAAGGAAAGAACGAUGACUCAACAAGGAGAUGUAUGGAAUUGCUAUGUGGUCCAGAUGGCGAGCUUCCUGAAAAGUUGAGGAACUUGGAACCAAGUCUUAUUGAGCAUGUCAGCAAUGAAAUUAUGGAGAGGGAUCCUAAUGUUCGGUGGGAUGAUAUUGCUGGAUUGGAUCAUGCUAAAAAGUGUGUUACUGAAAUGGUGAUUUGGCCACUGCUGCGACCUGACAUAUUUAAAGGCUGUCGCUCUCCAGGAAGAGGUCUUCUUCUAUUCGGUCCACCGGGUACUGGGAAGACAAUGAUUGGGAAAGCCAUAGCUGGGGAGGCAAAAGCAACUUUUUUCUCCAUAUCCGCCAGUUCUUUAACCAGCAAAUGGCUUGGCGAGGGUGAAAAGCUGGUGAGGGCCCUAUUUGGUGUUGCCUCUUGUCGUCAGCCAGCUGUAAUUUUUGUCGAUGAGAUAGAUUCACUUUUGUCCCAGAAAGAGGUCAUUCGUUGCCAAUAUACUUUCUCACUUAGAGGGAAAACCUUGAAUAUGGUUGCAGCGCAAGUCUGAAGGUGAACACGAAGCUAGUAGACGUCUGAAAACGCAGUUUCUUAUCGAGAUGGAAGGGUUUGACAGUGGUAACGAGCAGAUUCUGCUAAUAGGGGCAACAAAUCGGCCUCAUGAACUGGAUGAAGCAGCAAGGAGGCGACUCACUAAAAGACUCUACAUCCCCUUACCGUCAUCAGAAGCAAGAGCCUGGAUAGUACGUAACCUGUUACAGAAAGAUGGGUUGUUCAAGCUGUCACAAGAAGAAAUGGACACCAUUUGCAAUCUCACUGAAGGAUACUCGGGAUCAGACAUGAAAAACUUAGUGAAAGAUGCAUCAAUGGGCCCUCUUAGGGAAGCUCUUAAACAAGGAAUAGAAAUUACUAAGCUGCAAAAGGAGGACUUGCGGCCCGUUACUCUUCAGGACUUUGAAAAUGCAUUACAAGAAGUAAGGCCCUCUGUUUCACUGAAUGAGUUGGGCGUCUACGAGACAUGGAAUAAACAAUUUGGAAGCUUAGCCCUGUAAUUCAGAGCAGGUGUCCUCUCCUUCUAUGGCAGAUGCAGACAAAGGAUAUGUGUUGGAAAGAAAGUACACGCUCAGGAAAGUGACAGACAGACAGCCAAGAGAGUUCGAUGUUGAAACUUGGGUGAUACCAAGAGUUCUUACAACCACAUACAAGAGAGAAGAGUUGGGGAAAAAGAAGUGAAGCAGAUUAGCCCAUUAGUUAUAUUCCAAUCAAAUGUGUUUAGUUAUGGCCUGUCAUGUUUGUCAUUAAUCAGUUCAGUUCAGUUCCCACCCAACUUGCAGGCCAACCCUUUCAAGUUUGGUUGGCCUCUGGUGUAGUGGAUCACAUGAAACAUGUCUCUUCGCCAAAACUCAGACAGCAAUGGAUGGGAUUUGGAAAUGGAUAGGGGCAAAUCUUUUUACUCUUAUCAUCGACCAAUGGUAUGGUGAUCCUUGAUGUGUAGGGUUGGGUAAGACGGGUAGGGUCUUUACAUUUAUGUCAUUGUUUUGAGGUGAUUUGGAUCCUUCAAUAGCCAAAACAUAUGUAAAAUGGAAUGAGUUAUCUAAAUUCAUAUAAUUAUGAUGAAUGUAGUGAUAAUCAUCGAUGAAUAUGUGAGUGAUGACACUAGUUGAGGUUUGUAAUUUAUUUCUUU